UUGUUUAACUUCCGGGAAGUUUACGUAACUUUGAAGGGCUAUAAAUGGAGAUGUGUUGGAGUUUAUUUAAAUAGAAAAAGAUAACAUUUUAAGAAGUACUUAAUAGCUAAGUGAGCAGUACAUUUUAAGUCGAUAAAGGAAACAAUCAUGGGAAUAAUCGUUCCAGUCCGUGACUCAUUGCUAGUUAUCAUACUGUUUGUUAUGUGGCCAUCAUGUCAUGCAGAUGUUUGCUGUUUUCCAAAACAGCUUGAAGGACAACUAAGUAUGCUUUAUUCAAGAGCGACUGGUUCUGACUUAUUUACUGAGAUAAAUAUGGAUGGUUCGUUCGACUGGACAAAUAAGAGAAUACGUGAAUAUAUUCCUGCCACUGGUUAUUUACAAUUACUCUUCUUCGGAAAGGGAGUUGGCUAUUUCAUCAAAAAUUCAACCUGCCAGGUGCAAAAACUUUCGCCAUUGUCAGACAGCGAGUUUUGUGUCCCUGACAGAGCUAAACGUAUGAAGAGUUACAAAAUUGGACUGAAAGAGAAGAUGACCUUUACUGACUACGUGUUUUCACCAGUGAAGAAGGGAAACAUAGGUCAACAAAUACGGACAAUUACUGAUGAUUGCGUGCCUGUUGUGGAUAUCUAUUUCAUGAACCGGAACAACUACUUUGAAAUGGUGACGUAUUCAUAUCAGAAUAUAACACCUGGUAUCAAAGACGAGAAGGUGUUUAAUGUACCUAGUUUCUGUAAAUCAAGUGUUCAGAGGAUGGGCAACACACAUGCUAAAGAGAAAACAGUUUUCUGGAACUCGUUUGGUUUCAAGGAUAAUUCUUUAGUGUAGAGCUCUCUUUUAAAUUUAUAACGUUUUUUGUCACAUUUUUAUCACAAUUUUAAGCUGUCUUAUAAUGUAUUAUCAAGCAAAAGAUAAGUAGAAAACAAUCUUCCUAAAUUAUCAACAUAUGAUUCAUGUUUGAAGUUUUAUCAGCUCUGAUACACAUGCAACUUUGUUUCCUAUUUGUUAUUGUAUCAUUUUUUUUGUUUUGCUUCCUUGUGGUUGUAAAAAUGACAUGCAACCUAAUAUUUUCCUGAUGCAUUCAAACACUUCAUAAGACUAGCUUAAUCAGCUUCCCCUGCAAAUAUUAGCAAUCUUUGAAAGAUUAUUUCAUUUUCCUGUGUUAGUGUAUAAAUGAUGAAGUGUCACUAAGCACCAUCAGUUAAAAUGGUAAAGAAUAAGCGACGUAAAACAUACGAAGAAUAGCGCACUGACAAUUGAAGCACUAAAGACACACUUUGAUUUCUAAGCAUACAACAAUGUGUUGUUUAUUUUACUAAAACAAUAUGCGACAAAAAAUUAAAACUAUUAACUAAUGAUCAAGCAUUUAUAUUAACCUCUAUCCUUAAGACAACAACGAUAGCAUGUCAGUGAACCUUAAAGAAUAUGGGAACAUAAAUCAACUAGGAAGUGCGGGAUUCAACCGAAUAAAAACAUAAACAGGCACAAAGACAAAGCAAAGACGAAGUUCAUUGUUAUUAACAAUAAAACAAAGAACUCGAUAAGUCUUCAUUAAUAAGGGAUAUAGUAACUAUACAGAGGAUAUUUGUUUGUUAUGCAUUAAGAUCAAAAUAUAUUUCACAGAGUAAACACCAAAUGUAUUAUUUUGACGAGUGACGUAGCUUCGAGUGAAAAUACAUGUAUUAAAGCUUGUCUUAAAUAAAAUCUUACAUACAAAACAA